AUGCAAAUCAGUAAAUUCACCAAGUGGCCCCUGUGCCUGGCCCUCAUCCUGUUGGCCAUCCAUGGCCAGGCCAGGCGUCAGCGGAAACGCCAGCCAGGACUCUCCAGUGCCAAGGAACUGAGCGAGUACAGCUCCUUGACCCUUCUCAACGAGACCUCCUCGGAGAUGCAGCAGAGUGUAGUGUCCUGGACAGGAGCACGCAUCCAGGUUAGCGACAAGCAAAAGAAGAUGUCAUCUCACUCGGCGCGUCGUCAUAAAACCAAGAGUGGCCUCCUGAUUGAAAGUAACGUUGCCGAUGUGGAAUCCACCUCCGUGGAGUCUCUUGUCACCAAGAAGAAGUCACCGCAGCGUCGUCGCAAUGGAAAAAUGCAGAAAUCCGGAGGAGGAGGAGCCCUUCGCCUACUUAAAAUGGAUGACCUGUACUCCGGUGGAGGAUCUUCAGGUGGAUUGGGAGGCCUCUAUCCGCCCCUCUUUAACGUGGCUCCCCGGGCUGAAAUAUCUGUGAAUGCUACUUGUGGCCAGAAUGGAGCAGAGGAGUACUGUAAGCUGGUCGAUGCCUAUCCCCAUCGGAACUGGGCCAAGCAGUGUGGCACCUGCAACGCCCACUCCUCGGAUCGUGCCAGGCAACGCUCAAUUCAGUCGCUGAUCUCGACGGGAUCCGGACUCGAGGAGAGCUGGUGGCAGUCCCCAACGCUGCAGGGUGGCCGCCAGUUCGAGUACGUCACCAUCACGCUGGAUCUGAAGCAGACCUAUCAAAUAUUUUUUGUGCUGCUAAAAUCGGCCAAUUCUCCCCGUCCUGCAUCCUGGAUUCUGGAGAGAUCCCUGGACGGCAUUAAGUUUGAGCCUUGGCAGUACUUUGGCCUGAGCGAUGCGGACUGCAGGCGUCGAUGGAAUCUGCCCGGGCAGAAUGGCAAGUACGUCUUCCAGAACGACACCGAGGUUAUCUGCUCCACGCAGUUCUCUAAGCCGCUGCCGCUGGAGAACGGGGAGCUGCACGUGUCGCUGCUAAAGAAUCGACCAGGUGCCACCGACCAGAGUCCCGAGCUGAUGGAGUUCAUAACCGCUCGUUACCUGAGGAUACGCCUCCAGGGAAUGCACUCCACAGCGAACCUGGACAACAGUGUGGACUGGCUGUUGGACUCCGCCUCGCUGGAGAAGCGUAGCUUCUACUCCCUGAAGCAGCUGAGGGUAAGCGCCCGUUUGGACUGCCAUGGCCAUGCGAAUCGCACCCAGGAGUCGCCAUCGGACCCCCUGAUGCAGUGCGUCUGCCAUCACAACACCUGCGGCAGGCACUGCGACGAGUGCUGUCCGCUCUUCCAGGAUCGACCCUACCGUGGGGGAGAGUGCGAGAUCUGCCAGUGCAACGGCCAUGCCGAGAGAUGUGCCUACGACGCCUUCCUGGACAAGGGCAUCUGCCAGAACUGCUUGAAUCACACUGCCGGCAACGAGUGCGAGUUCUGCGAAGGUGGCUACUACCGUGAGCUGGAUGCCCCGCUCACCAAUCCUUGCCUGCCCUGCUCUUGUGAUCCCAAACGGUCCACCGGAUACUGUAAGCCGGAAGGCGGACACUGUCACUGCCUCGAGGGCUUCCAGGGCAAGAGCUGUGAGAAGUGUGCUCCGGGUUACUACGGGGAGACCUGCAAGCGCUGCGAAUGCGAUGAAAGGGGAACCACUGCAUCCGAUGGAUCCUGUGCGGACAGUUGUCAGUGCAAGGCGAAUGUGGAGGGCAGCACCUGCUCUGAGUGCGCCCCCGGGCACUUUGAUCUGAGCAAGGAAAAUCCUCUGGGAUGCACCAGUUGCUGGUGCUCCGGUGUUUCACAGACAUGCAGCAGUGCCAAGCUCCAGACAUUGGCAUUUGAAACACUGAACGACUGGAAGCUAACGAACAUCCAGAGAUUGCAACCAAUACCGAUACCCGUGGAUGCCGAACAAAACCGUCUGAUUUUUGCCAACGAACUGGACGAAAUGGAGGCCAUCUACUGGCAGGCUCCAGUGGGAUACUUGGGCAACCGCCUGACCAGCUACGGAGCACGGCUUCAUCUACUGCUCUCCUGGUAUGUGCUGCGAGGCGAUACUUCGGGUAAGCCCACCACGGGACCCAAUGUGAUUCUCUGGGGAAAGAACGGACUGAAGAUUGCCUUCGGGGACGAGUCCUUCGAGGGAUUAGAGGCCAGCCUGAAUAUCUCCCUAACCGAGGAGGGUUGGUAUCACGUGCCUCCCUCUGUCAAGGAUAUUAAGACCAGACUGCGACGUACAGAGGAUGGCGAUUAUCAUGGAGAGCCCGUCACGAGGUCGCAAUUCCUUUCCGUUCUCGUCUCGCUCGACGCUAUCCUCAUUCGCGCCGCCUUCCACACUGACCAGGGGGACACUUCCCUAAGACGGGCUGUAAUCUAUUCCGGUGGCGUGGAGCUAGGAGGUCAAUCAUCUAGCCAAGUGGAGCAGUGUCUGUGCCCCACCGGAUACACUGGGCUCUCCUGCGAAGGUUGCGCCUUCGGAUUCAAGCGCAUCUACGAGAAUACCUCGGAUCACCAACUGCUGAGCAAGUGCAUCCCCUGUCCCUGCAACGGUCACUCGAACUCCUGUGAUUUGCAGAGUGGAAACUGUGGCGAUUGUAUGCACAAUACUUUUGGAGAUCGGUGCGAACGUUGCCGAUUGGGCUUUUAUGGGAAUCCCCUGCAAGGCACCCCGCACGACUGCCGGCGCUGCGCCUGUCCCCUGUCCGAGGACUCCAACAACUUCUCCCCAAGCUGUCAGCUGAAGAGCUACAACUACCGAGACUUGAACCCACAGUUCGAGCUCAUCGAGCACGCGGAGUACAUUUGCACACAAUGCCCGGAGGGCUACACGGGGGACCAUUGCCAGGUGUGUGACGAUGGCUACUUCGGGGAUCCCCUCCAGUUGGGGAGCAGCUGUCAGCGCUGUGACUGCGCCGGCGGUCCCUGCAACGUGACCACCGGCGAGUGCAUCACCUGCAGGGGCAACACCGAGGGCUGGCACUGCGAACGCUGCCGCAUGGGCCACUGGGGUGACCCAGCCGUGGGUUGUGAACCCUGCCUCUGCCAUGCCGAGGGAUCCGAGAGCGGGCUUUGCGAUAGCACCGAUGGCCAGUGCCUGUGCCGCCCGAGAUAUGCGGGUCAGAAGUGCGAUGAGUGCGCUGCCGGCUUUGCCCACGUGGAGCUCCGGUGCCCGGCCUGCAACUGCGAUCCCCUUGGCUCGGAGGUCCGGGACAGGUGCGACCCGAGGACCGGACAGUGCCAGUGCAAGGAGGGCGUGAUGGGUGUCAAGUGCCACGAGUGCCGGGAUGGAUACUUUGGCAUGAAUGCCACUGCUGACCGACUGGAGGACCUGGCAGCCUUGCGGCAAAGCAAUGCUGAUGGCGAUGGCGAAGACGACGAUGAUGAGGAUGAAUGGGAACUGGUUCCAGAGCCUGAGGAACAAUACGCGGUGGCCUGCGAGGAUUGUCACUGCAGUCCCAUUGGUUCCCUGUCAUCGGAUUGUGACAAGCGCACGGGUCAGUGCUCCUGCUUGGCCAAUGUCACCGGAAGGAGGUGUGACAAGUGCCGGUCGGGACACUGGAACCUCACCGAGGGCACCGGCUGCCGGGACUGCCGAUGCGAUCCCCACGGAUCCCGGGGACAUGAGUGCAACCCGUGGACGGGCCAGUGUGACUGCAAGAUCGGGGUUGGUGGCCAGCACUGCAACGAGUGCACCGAGGGCUUCUUUGGCUUCAGCACGGAGGGCUGUCAACGCUGCUCGGCCUGCACGGCUGAGGGUCAGGUGUGCGAUCCCCACAAUGGCCGCUGCAUCUGUCCGAAGUUCACACGUGGAUUGGGCUGUGGCCAGUGUGUGCCGGGCACCUGGGGCUGGCAGAACCGGAUGGGAUGCAGGGAAUGCGACUGCGACCAUAUCGGUUCCAUUGGACAGCAAUGCGCGGCAAGCGAUGGUCAGUGUCAGUGCCGGGAGGGUUACGCGGGCAGAACGUGUAAGACCUGCGCCGUCGGCUACUUUGGAUACCCGGAGUGUCGUCGCUGUGCCUGCGAUGUGGAGGGGUCCUUCACAAGGACGGAUGGCUUAAUCGCCUGCGACUCGAAUGGCCAGUGUCCCUGCAAGUCGCUGGUCGUGGGUCUCAAGUGUGACACUUGCAUGCAGAGUACUUUCGGACUCUCGGCCCUCAAUCCCGAGGGCUGCACCCGUUGCUACUGUUUCGGGCGUUCUGGGGAAUGUGAGCAGAGCAACCUGUCCUGGGGUCACAUCCGCAUGUCGGAGUCACGGAACUUGAGCAUCCAGCAGAUAAGACCCCAGAACAUACCCGGCUCGGACUACGAGUACAUUGUGGUGGUGCAGAUGGCGGGCAGCAAGUUUCAUCGCGAGGAUGCGGAAAUCCAGCGCAUGAACGAUCUGAACUUGGUGCCCAAGUCCACGGGCAAUGUAUCAAUCGGAGCCUACGGACCCUUCUACCACCCGCUAUACUUCCAACUGCCACCGCAGUUCUACGGAGAUCGCACCAGCAGCUACGGUGGCUUCCUCUACUUCACCCUGAUCACGACGGGGGCCCAGAAGCCGCUGGAGCGCAAGAUCUUGAGCCAGUAUCCUCUGGUGCAGGUGCAUUCCCACUCCAAGCUACUGCUAGACUUUUACGAAUACGAGGAGUUCGAGUACUCUCUGAACGUGACCCAUAGAGUGCCGCUGCAUGAGUCCUAUUGGAAGUACCAUCACACCAACCAGGCCGUGGAUAGGGCCACCCUGAUGGCUGCCCUCCAGAAUAUUCGACACCUCUUCAUUAGGGCCUUUGCCUUUGCAGAUUUCCAGGAGGUGGUCCUGCAAAACGUCCACAUGGAUGCGGCAAUCUACAUUAAAGGCUCCACAAAUCUUAUAGCCAAGGGCGUGGAGCGCUGCAAAUGUCCCAAACGCUUUGAUGGGCUGUCGUGCCAGGAUCCAGGACGAUCCUUUUACCGUUGGCGAAACACUACCGUUGUGGAGAGUGUGUUCAUUGAGGACUUGAUAGGCAGAGCAGCUCCCUGCCAUUGCAAUGGUCGCAGCAGUGAUUGUGACAAGGAAACUGGUGUAUGCUUGAAUUGUCGAGGUAACAGCGGUGGCGACCAUUGCCAGCAGUGCGCGGAUGGCUUCUAUGGAGAUCCCAACUCCCAGCACGGCUGUCAGGCAUGUCCCUGUCCGGAGACCAACAGAAACUUUGCCCGCGGCUGCAAUGUCUGGGACGGUGAAGUGAGCUGUGUCUGCAAACCUGGUUACACCGGUCGGCUUUGUGAGAGAUGCCAGUCGGGAUACUUUGGCGAUCCCACACGGUAUCCCAACAGUAGCUGCCAGCCGUGCAACUGCAAUCCGGAUGGCAUCCGCACCGAGGGCUGUGAUCCGGAAACGGGGCGAUGUUAUUGCCGUGAAGGUGUCACUGGACUUAAGUGCGACAAGUGCCAGGCGGAACGACAUCAUCUGGUGGAUAAUGGCUGCAGGGUCUGUGACAAUUGCACCCUUCUGUUGCUUGAUUAUGUGGAACUUGUGGGGCACAAGCUGCGUCGAGGAAUGCACAAUAUGGAUCUGACCGGGAUACCGGCUCCAUAUCGUAAGCUGUCCGAGUACGAGAGAGCCUACGUUGAGUGGAACGAAAGACAGCAGGACUUUAGUCAAACCAGGAGACUGCUGCAGGACUACGACUCCGCUGGCAUCCUUAAGCUAGACGCCCAUGCCGAGAAUCUAAAGUUCCAGUCUCGCAAGGCAGUGAGCACCAUUGGAAAGCGCGAGUUUGCCAUCAAAACGAUGCGGGAGGAUGCACUGGUACAGCGGCACGACGCCGGGCUAGUCCGGGCAGAGGUCCUUCAAACCCUAUCUGACCUUCGGGGCUAUGGAAAGAGUGCCCAGCACCUAAGUCUGCCGACGGCCCUGAAGCAGGCUCGGUUCUAUCUGCAGGCUGUUCAGGAGCACGACCAACUGGUCCAGGGAAUCCGCAGCACCAACGAGUGUGCCUGGCGCCACUACUACGCCAUGGGAAAUGCUUCGGACGCUGCCUUUGAUGAGAGUGGCCACCUGGAGAUGCUGUGGCGGGACCUCAACCAGACGAAUCACCGUAUAGUAGACCUGAGACUGCACGUGGAUCGAAUUGUGGAGGUGGAGAGCGAGGCGGAGGAUGUUUUGGAGCACGUACGCAAUCUGAGUGGUCACGUGGCCGAGUCCUACCAGGAGCUGAAUGAUCUAAACCAGCUCAUCUCCGAGCACACCGAUCCAGGCUUCCUGGAGCAGGGCGAGGGUCUGGUGAGGCAAACCCUUCAGCGGCAAAUAGAUCUUACCGGGCAGCUCAACCAUUUGGACGGAUCGCGGGUCCUGCUGAACACCACCUUGGGCGUGAAGGCUGAACAGCAGCGGGAGGUUCGCAAGCAUUGGCUUCCCAAGGCGGAAAAGCAUGCCAAUCAUCUCUUGGAGCGAUCCAACGAGUAUGCCCGCCAGUUUCAACCUACCAGGAAUGGAGCCCGGAUAGCCAUGCUGGCCAGUUCGGCGCACAGCAAUAUAACCAAGGCCAUCAACGAUGCGCGACUAGCAUCGGCCCUGGCCAAGGAGCGAGUGUACGAGGCCCAGAGGACACUUUAUCCCAGUGAUGGAAGCUCCAUGAUCGAUCGAGCCAAGCACUCCUUGCACAGGUCAAGGCAGCUGCAGCAGGAAGCCCUCAAGCAGAUGCACAGGUCCAAUGUUCUCAAAGACAAGCUACACCGGCAGGAGCAGCAGGUGGAGGGCAUCAAGGCCACCAUCUUUGACUGUGGACUGCGAACAAACAACAUCUCCAGCCAACUGCAGGGCCUCUCCGAGAGCUCAGCCCGCAGGCAGACCAAGGAGAGCCUUGAGCUGGCCGAGAGAACCGGGGAGCAGAUGCGAGCAGAGCUCCGACUGGCCAAAGAGAUGGAGGUUUCUAUACAGAACAUGCGCAAGUCCUUCUCCACCCUGGAACCGGACUGGGAAAUCAAGUUGGGCAUGGCCCAGGAGAACAUUUCGUUGACCAAGACCAAUCUGCGGCUAGCAAAUGUCUCCCUCAGCUACCUCGAACGCCAGGCCGCCCAGGAGCAGCAGGUAUUCGAAGUUUGGAACAACAGCAUGGCCCAGCAAUUACAGCAGCUCAGAGAUCAGAUUGCCAAGGCCAGGCAUGCGGCUGAAGCGAUUGACGUCUCUUUGGAGUCCCUGGGACCCAAAUGCAGUCGUUCGUAUUUGCCCGCCUCUUAUGGAUUAAGCACCUCGAAUAACCUUCGCCUCAGCUUUGCCCUGUCCAAUCAUCUCGAGAGCUCUCCACUGAUCCAUUUGGAGGGUAGCGAGGGACGGCAUAUCACUCUGGAGCUGCACAAGCGUCGGGUACGCCUGGUUUGGAAUCUCGGCGGAACCACUGCCACGGUUACGCAUCCCAUGGUGGUCCAGACACGGGAUCCAAAGUACGACGAUGCCUGGUUCCAUGUGGAGGCCAAUCGGACGCUUAACCUGGGCAGCUUAAUGGUGCGCCGGAUGAACAACUACGGCGAACUGACCCCCACUGUUCCAUUGACCAUCACUGGAUCCACAGACACGGAGCACACACGCUUCUAUCAGUCUCGUCACGAUCGCAUUUCCUUGGGUGGCUUCGCCUCAAAGGACUUGCAGCUCACACCCGGACUCAAUGUCGUGGUGCACCAGGUGGAGGUGGACAACAAGCCCCUGGGACUGUGGAAUUUUGUAACGAGCGAGGGAAGCUGCGGGGGAGCAAUGGUUGGAGCCCGAGAGUCGGCAGCUGCAUCCACGGCUCGCCACUUUAACGGCCUGGGAUAUGCCCAGCUGAUGAAGACCCGUCCCAGACCGACCCGUAAGAAUCUGUUCUCCGUGCAAAUGACCUUCAGAACGCUGGACGAGAAUGCCCUGCUCUUUCUGGCGGUUGAUGACAAGAACAACCGCUCGGUGUCGGUAACCUUGAGCCGGGGUCGGAUCAUGUUCCGCAUCGACUACGGCGACGAGUCCAAGCUGGAGAUUAACACCACCAAGAAAUAUAAUGUGGGUCAGUGGAUCAAAAUAGAGGCGGCACGAGAGUUCUCAGCCAAACGAAGCACGGAAAAUGGAAUGCUUCGUGUGAACAACGAUCGUCCGGUUUCAGGAGCUCCCACACUACCAGUAAACAUUCACAUGCUACCGGAUCUGUCCAAGGCGGUUUACUAUUUGGGCGGAGUUCCACCAGGUUUCACUUCGGGUACUUCGAAAGCUCCUGGAGCUGAUAAUCCCUUCCUGGGAUGCAUGAAGGAUGUCCAGGUGAAUGGGGAGACCUAUGAUCCUCUGGAGAGUUCCAGUUAUUACGGCGUAGAGCCCUCCUGCAAGGACAUGAUAACAAAGGCUGGCUUCUCUGGCAGUGGUUACUUGGAGCUACCCUCGCAAUCGCUUCGGAAGCGGUCAAAUACCGCCUUGGUGUUCCGUACCCUGCAACCGGACUGCCUUCUACUCCUGGCCGCCUAUCCGCCGGAAGUUCUGGCCGACUACGAUGCCAGGGACAUCAAGGGAAACUACUCCAUGAGCUUGGUGGAUGGCCAACUGCAUGUUUGGGUGAAUUCGGGACGUAGCUUCAUCAAAAUGUCCUCCAACUUUAGCCAACUUAAUGAUGGAGAACUGCACGUGGUUAAUCUGAUCAAGACGGGUCGGAGGCUUGAGUUAAUGGUGGACGAUGAGCUGCAGGAAGUGCGAAGCCUGACUGGCAAUCCGACGGUGGUCAGUCUGCCCCGGGACACGGGUGGCCUCUACAUAGGAGGAGCACCGCCCCACGAAAGUUACACACCACUGGCUCCCACUUUUGUGAACCUGGAAGGAGCCAUCCGAGAUGUGGUGUUCAACAACCGAACCGUGAACUUCAACGACGCCCUGACCUUCGCCAACGUUCAGAUUGGCCGCAAUGGUCCCCUGAUGGGCAGCUUGAAGGGAGGACUCUACGAUGUCCUGCUGAAGACGGAACCGAUGAUCGGGAAGAGUUUCACAGCCUCGCCCGAGGGCUGCAAGCGGAUUGGCAGUUACUCCUACGAACCGAAUGCCUUCAAGUUCGGCGACGACAUCUACAGCUACUCCCAGCUGAAGCUCCCGGAACGCCACUUCUGGCAGCGCAACUUCCACCUGAGCUUCGACUUCCGCUCCUUCUAUCCGAACGGCAUGCUCUUCCUGUCCCCGGGCAGCAAGGAGAAGCCCAAGCACUACGUAGCUCUCAUCCUCAAGGACGGACAACUGGUCCUGGUGGUGCGGGGUCGGCGGCGCGAGGAGCUCCAACUGACUGCCAAGUUGAACGACGGCGAGUGGCAUCGGGUGACGGUCAGCUGCCAGGAUCGCAAGGUCACCAUGUCGGUGGAGAUUGGGCGCACAGACCAAAAGACCUCAGCCCAGAUGAAGCUGCCCAAGAAGAUUGGAGCCUCGCAGCUGCUCCUGGUCGGCGGACUGCCCCAGGCACCGGUCAAGGUGUCCUCGGAGCUCUAUGUCCGCCUGGAGCCGUUCAAGGGCUGCCUCCGGAGAGUCAGCGUCAACAACAGCACCCAGGACCUGGCACGUCCCGGCAAGCACUCCAAUGUGGGUCAAUGUUUCCCCACUGUGGAGAGGGGCAGUUACUUCCCCGGCGAUGCAUAUGCCAUUUACAAGAAAAACUUUAAUGUCGGCAAAUACCUGGAUCUAGAAACGGAAUUCCGUACAUCGGAACUAUCGGGAAUCCUGCUAAGUGUCUCAGAGCCCAAAGGCUAUCCUGCUCUAUCUUUGGAACUACACAAUGGCAAUAUCAUAUUCUCCUGCGAUCUUGGGGAUGGAAUGCCCAUGCGUGUGGAGUCUGCACUGCCCACAAAGUACGCUCUUUGUGACAACAAAUGGCAUAACAUAUCGGCCUUAUACGAUGGCGAGCAGAUUGUCCUUCGUAUCGACCAAUUGCCAGCCGUGAUUGGUGUGGGAAGUCAGCGAAGUGCAGGGAAGGUGCAAACACGCUCUCCUCUCUAUAUAGGCGGGCUGCCAGAAAUCGCUCCCAGUGGGUCCCUGAUGGCGCGGGAGAACUUCAAAGGCUGCAUCCGGCACGUGUCCAUCCGGAACGAGAGACGCGAUUGGAUCGACAUGGACGACCUGAGGAACGUGCUGCUGAGCGAGUGCCUCGUGUCCAGCGAUGAAAGCUGAAGCUCACUGAACCCGAUGGGCUGAACGCAUCGCAUCCUGGGGUUCUUACGGUUCCUGUUGACGCCACACCAAAACUUUUUCCAAAUGUAUUGUGAUCAAUAACGAGUUUAGAGCCAGUUAUUUAUAGCCUUUCACUGCCAUAUAAGUUAGGUUACUUAGGAUUAGCAUUGCCUACUUUUACUUCAUUGCCAGUGACUGCAUUUCGAAGUUUGCAAUUUGAUUUAUAAUUUAUUUGCUAGUUUAUGUCUAUCUUAAUUUACCCUUAUUUAUU